AUGCUCACUGAUCACCACCAGCUGGUCUGUUUCAACAUCAGUCGCAGCAAGACCACCAUCGCCCCAGAGAAACACCUGUACAGCCGCAUAGAGGUCCGCAAGGGCUGCUGGCCUUUCCUCCUCCCAUUGAUAUCCCAGUUCCUGCACUGUAUCCUCCACAAGCUGAUGAACAGGACCAACGUUCACCAGGUGCUCACCACUGUCAUGGAGGCAGCUGUCUGGGCCAUUUCCAGCAUUUUUGUCAUCGAUAUUGCGCUGAACUGGCUGCUGUUCCACAUGGCGGAGCAGUCCGUCUUCAGGAGGGUUCACUGUGUCUUCUGCAUCCUGCACUCCCUAAAGCUCUUCUGCGAGUUCCGGCAGAUCCAGAUGAUCCUCAUGUCCAUAGCAAGGGCCCUGAAGGCCACGAUCUACAUCCUCCUGUUCCUGCUCAUUUUCUUCUACAUCUUUGCUGUCUCUGGCAUCUUCUUCUUUGAGGACUACACCCACUUGCACUACGCAGAUCAAAUCUACAAGGACUACUUCAGUGACUUUACCGAUGCUGUUAUGACUGUCUUCAUUCUCUUCACCAUGGGCCAGUGGCUUAACCUGCUUCAGGAAACUUGGAAGGUCCCCAGUCUGACCAAGUUAAUCAGCGGAACCUACAUCAUCCUUUGGCUGCCGAUCACAUCCUUUCUCUUCAAGACCAUCCUUGUGGAGAUCAUGGAGCUGGCGCUGGCGCGGCUGCAGGAGCGGCUCGGGACCGGCACCGGCACCGGGACCAUCGUCUGGGAAGAGCUCGCGCCGGGGCUGCGGGACGCCCUGCUGCGGGCGGCGGCGCGGGCGCUGGGGGCCCCGCGCACCGACAGCGACGGGCGCUGCGCAGGGACGCUGCCGCAGCUGCUGCUCUGGGGCUUCCACCACAACCUCAGCUGGGACGCCCGGGGCCUGGGCUUCGCGGCUGGGGUGCUCCCUGCUCCGCCGCCCCUCCCCGGCUGCUUCCAGCCUGUCCCCCGGGCAGCAGCUGCCAUGCCCCAGGGCCAGCCCUCGCUCCUGCCGCCUGUUCUGGAGGCUGCGUGCAAUGACAGCGUCCCGGGGCUGCCCGGCGUCUCCAACUUCACGGUCUACCUCUACUGCAACCUCUUCAACAGCUCCCGGGGCUCCGGCCAGCGCCCGGGGGACCUGGGGGCUACCUGCUCCAACGCAGCCUGGUACCUCUCUGCAGGCGAGGGGGGCUCAGCAUGGGCCCAGGCCUGCCGGGAGCGCUACCCUGCUCAGUUCAACAGCACCGUCUGCAGCAACACCUCCUUGAGGGAGACCCCCGGGCCCCAGCAGGUCCUGCUGGAGCAGCUCUGUGCCGAUCUGGCCCAGGGCCCGGCGGGGGUCCGGCCACCCAGUCACAGCACCUGCCCACUGGGCGCGCACUGGGAGGAUGCCUGGAGCUGCUUCCUGAGAAGCCACAUGCUUUGGGGUGCCUGGCUGUGUGGCAGUGCGAGCCCUGAGUUGCUGCCCACCGACCUCCAGGCCUGGCUUUCCCAGCUGUGCGGCGGUCCCCAGGCACAGAUGCCCAGCACCUUAGGGCCUGGGGGUGCAGAUCCCUGCUCCUUCAAGGGCCGGAGCUUGUGGGCACAGGGGAACGCCAGCCUCUUGGAGCUCUGCAGGACCACUAGUCCCAGCUGCUUCCAGGAGCUGGUGUGCACCAAUGCCUCCCUCCUGCAGCUGCUGGGGCAUCCCCAGCCUGUGGUCGGGGUGCGCUGCCAGGGCGCCCUGCCCGGGGGACGCUGUCUGCUGCAGCAGCUCCUGGCGCUCCUGCCCCUGACCCCCAAGCUGGAUGUUGCAGAGCUCUGCCCAGACCCGGCUGCCUACCUGCUGGGGCUGGCCUCGCAGCUCCCACGAUGCCAGGAGGAGGGUCCAGGCUGGGUCCCCCACGUGAACUACCUCCUGCGUCUGCUUGACCACAGCCUGGCCCUCUCUGGACAAGAGGAUGCUGGGCAGGUGGCUGGGGAGCAGCUGAGCGAGGCCAUCCUCCUCUCCAGCCUCCUGGACAACACCUCCUUCUGGGGCUUGCUUGGGGUGAACGCGUCCGCAGGCAUCCUGCGCACCGUGGGCGAGUACCUGGGGUGGGAGCACAGGGCUUCGCCCAAGAGGGAGCUGCUGAGCUGCUUUAGUACUGUGCUCUGGGACCUGCUCCAGGACAGCGAGGGCGCUCCUGCCUUGGAGAUCCUGGUGCAGGAGUAUCUGCAGAUGCCAGAGGAGAGCUUCCAGGGGCUGCUGCUCGCGGUGGGGCCUGAGGCUGUGCAGCGCUUCCUGGCCCUGCUGCACCGCUCCUGGCACCGGCUGCGUGGGGAGGUGGUGCCGUCCAGGGAGGAGGCGCUGCAGUCGCUGGCUGUGCUGCUGCUCCGCAGAUUUCCCCAUCUCACCCCUCAGCUGUUUGUCAGCCUGUCGCAGUUCAUUCCCUUCAUGGCUGUGUCUGACAUCGCGAGGCUCCCACCCGCCCUCCUGGCCAACGAGAGUGUCCUCGCUGCCCUGCGGACUCACAGCACCCGCCUGACGCAGGGGCAGAAGGCCGCCUUUGCCAGGCACCUGCUGCAGGCUCCCUUCCUCGGGGCUGUGCCCACGUGGCCCCUCGGCUUCCUCCGUGCUGUCCUGCCACUGCUGCCCCACUUGCCGCUGCGCUGCUUCCUGCAGCUCACGCCCCAGCAGAUCUGGGGGCUGGGGGACAGCUGGCAGCUGCUGCAGCUGGGGCUGGUGCAGGGCCGCCAUGUAGCAGGCAGCCUGGCGAACAGGAGCCGCGUGGCUGGCGCUGAGCCAGGGCACAGGCUGGGGGCCCUUGCCUGCUUCCUGAGCCCCGAGGAGCUGCAGGACCUGUCAUGGCUGCAGGACCCCCGGGGGGCAGUGGAGCAGAGCCUGCUGGCGUGUGCGGCUGCAGGGACCCUAUGGCAGCACGGGCGGGUCAUGCUCGCCCUGGCAGAGUUGCUGCGUUCCACCAGCCUGGCCGUGGUGAGCCCUGGGGAGCUGCCAGCAUGGAGGGGCGUCCUCCCUGAGAUGGGAGUGGGCUUCCUGGAACGCCUGUCAGCUGCCCAGCUGAAUGCCCUUCUGCCCCAGCUGCGGCCGACGCAGUUGACGCGUGCCCAGGCAUCCUUCCUGCUUGCACGGGCGGUCCAGAGCGACAAUGUGACGGCAGGGGAAGCAGCCAGGCUGUGUCCCCUGCUGCCAGGCCUGGGACCCACAUUGCUGGCAGCUGUCCUGGCCCCUCUCCGGGUCCAAGGCUGUGCAUGCCUGGGGCCAGCCCUGCCCCUGCUCUCAGCGGCACAGGUGGCAUCCCUGCUGCAGGCUCUGCAGCCCCUGGACGGCUGGCCCCACUGCCUGCUGCCCCUGCUGCCCCUCCAGCUCCUGCGUCCCAGCACCCAGGCUCUGCGGGGGGCUCCGUGGGACCCAAACCUGCCCUGGUCCCCACAGCAGGCCCAGCUCCUCUGGAGGGAGGUGGAAGCCAGCACUAACUGCAGCCAUCGCACUGCUGGUCCCCUGGGCUCGCUGGUGGUGGGCAUGAGCUGCGCCACGCUGCAGGAGCUGGGCCGGGAGGAUUUCCUGUGUACUCUCCGGACCCUCUAUGUGCAGCCCCACUCCCUGCCUGCCAGCCUGAGGCGCUGCGUGCAGGAGGAGGUGCUCAGACGUCCUGUGCUCUCUGAGGAGGAGCUGGCAUGGCUGGGACCUCGGUUCCUCAUGGAGUUACCGGCAAAGCUGGUGGAGAUGCUGCCCGAUGCCAUGGUGCGGCUGGUGCUGGACCACGUCACCCGCCAGCCCCGCAGCCUGCUGGCCCUGCCGGCCAUCCGCCAGGCAGCCCUGGCCCACAGGGCCCUGCGCUCCCUGGUAAGGGCAGGGAGCCCACUGGCUGGGGAGGACCUGGACCGGCUGGGCCCGCUGGUGGGGUUCCUGGGCCGGGAAACUGUGGCCCGCAUCCGGCCUGAGAGCCUGCUGCCGCGGCUCGGGGACCUGCAGGACACCUGCCUGGCCAUGGAGGCGGCUGCUGAGUUGGGGCAGCUGCUGCUGUCGGAGCAGGCUCUGGGGCCCCCCCCAGGCUGGCGCCUGCCCACCCUGCAGCAGCUGGGGCGCCUGGUCUUCCUGCUGCCCCUCGAGAGCCUGCGCGCCGUCCCGCGGGACUUGCUGAGCAGAGACACGGUGGAGCAACUAUUGCAGAGCCAGCGGGAUUGGGAGCAGAGUGAGCUGGGACGCCUCUGCCACCCCCUCAGCACCCCAGGUGAGGGCCCCAGCCCACAGGAAGUGCUGGUGGCCCCGCUGGUGGCAGCUGCCAGGCCAGGGGACCAAGCCCCUGUGCCCAGCUGUGCCGACAUGCGUGCCACCUUCCCUGCGGCAUGGAGCGCGGCCCAGCUGGCCGCCAUGGCCCCCCAGCAGCUGGAGAGCUGCCUGGGGCUGCUCAGCCAGGACCCGGCGCUGCGCCCUGACCAGCUCCGGGCUGCCCUGGGCCAGGCCAAGCGGCUGUGGGGCAGCGCCCGGGCACUGGAGCCAGCCCAGACCCUGCGCCUGGGACGGCUGGCCACCCAGCUGGGCGAGCCGGAGCUGCAGGAGCUGCUGCUCCCAGACUGGGGGGCCCUGUCCACCCUGGGGGAGCUGGACGGCUGGUCGCCUGAGCAGGCCAUGGCGUCUGCUUUCCUGCGGCAGCGCGGGGUGAGUGCCCCGGACCUGGGGCUGCCUGAACUGGUGGCGCUGGGGCACCUGCUCUGUGGGCUGCCGACAGCCGAGCUACAGGGCCUGGACAGCCGGGAGCUCAGCAAAGCCGCUCGUUUCCUGGGUUCGCUGAGCCUGCGCUGCACGGAGCAGCAGGCGGAGGUGCUGGCUGCCCGUCUGACUUCCAGCGCUGCCUUCGGCCCGGCUGCCGACUGGGGACCCGAAAUCUUCACAGAGGUCGGGACGCUGGCAGCUGGCCUCCCCGACAUCGUCCUCUCUGCGCUGGUCCCCGAGCAGAUCUGGGCGCUCACACCCCAGGCCAUCGCUGCUGUCCCGGCACCCAAGUUGGCAGUGGUGUUUGGUCCAGCUCAGCUGCGCACCCUCUCCAGCACCCAGGCCGCAGCUGUCACCCCGGAGCAGCACCGGUGGCUUGGCAGCGCCCAGCGCCAGGCCCUGGCCAGCGCCCGGCGUGAGGGAGAGGCUGUCCAGGACGGCCAAGGACGCAGCGACAUGCUGGACACAGAGAUCACGUAA